AUGAGGCUGUCGGGCGACGGCUCUCUAUCUGAGACCGAUCGUAUGCCAAGGUCGCCUUUACUCGAAAACGAACAUGGAAUGGGGCCGUCAGGACUGGACCGUAUACGUACACAGUCGCGGGUCCUCACCAUGCCAAACGCAUCUACCUCUUCGCUUCUUCCUCAUUCAAUGUGCCCGUCUCCCAUCUCCGGUCAAUCCUCCAGGGCUCUUUCAACAUACUUUGCUCCCGGUCAGAGUACACCAGCUAUGGAAGACCUCCACCGUUUCCCUUCAGAAUCCCUACAUUCCUUCUCAUUUGCCCAACAAUCGGAGGAGUUGUUACACAGCAGGCAGAAUAUUCUGAAAAGAUCGAUUGAUUUCAUGAGGGACCGAUUCGGUUGGAAUGCUAGCAACGCUGGAAUUGUGAAUGCGCAGGCCCGGAUAUAUGGUGAUACGGAGAUCCAAAGUAUGGUCGACCUUCUGUCAAGGGCACAUGUUCUGGGAGAUGAGGCAGGUUAUUCCACUGGACCAGGCCGCGGACCUCUUACUGGACCAGCAGAUGUGGACAACGGCAAUGUCUUUGAGAAGGCCUUCAAUGAUCGAAACUUACUACCCCGGGAGUCGGACUUUUCGCCUCGAGAUGAUAGUCACGCCGCUGCCAUGGACGGUUCUCGCUUUCUCAGCCCGGUGCCAGAUGACCAAAUCCUUAACCAGAAGAGAGAGAUGAAAUCGGCUCCCUCAUCCAGGCGCGUAAGCUUAAAACGUACAUACACGGAUCUGAGCUCUGUUUCCCUUCAGAGCAAGCUGAUGGAGACUCUAGCACAACCCUACAAUGCCGCGGAUGCACUUUCUCCGGCAACUAGCUCGGCUCUCGGCUUAGGAAUUUCAGGCUUUCCCGUGCAUAGUCACAGCAGCAAAUGGACACCCGUUGCCCAGGCGGUAUUCCGGACAGAAGCGAAAGCACCAUGGACCAUAUUGGCCGCCAAUGACCUCGCCUGCCUUGUGUUUGGCGUGACUCAGGCAGAAGUGCGCAAACUGAGUAUUCUAGAAGUGGUGCAAGAGGAGCGCAGAGAUUGGCUUGAGUCAAAACUGCGUGAUCCGAGCACUGAUGCGGCUGCUAGAUCCCAGAACCAGCCUGAUAAGUCCCGGGUUAAUGCCGUGAAUUCGAAAUUAUCUGGGAUGAGAAGUGGUGUGACAGCACAACUUCUCAGCAAGCCGUCUUCGCGAGAAAAGGCCAAAAGGGCGCAGACUGAUGACGGAUAUGGCACCAGCGCCCGGUACCCAAAGAAACCAAACCAUGCGUCGAACAAAUCUCGCGGAGUCCUGUUGUGCGGUGAUGUUGUUCCAAUUCAAAAGCGAGAUGGGGAGAGAGGUUCAGCGAGUCUUUGGGUCAUGGAGAAGCGUGGUGGGUUGAUCUGGGUUCUCGAGGAGAUUACAGAGGAUAUCGCAUAUAUUCGACAUGACGAAAAAGGUCAAGUCGUAGAUGCCAGCGGCGACAUUGACAAGAUCUGGGGCCCAACAGUCGUGAGGGCGGGUACGGAUAUUACCGAACUUCUUCCACGAUUGCCUAAAGACUGUAUCGAGGAUGACGCUGGUGCCUCCCGGAUCGCUGAGAUCAAGCAUUUCACCGCCCGCAUCCCUGCCGGUUACAAUAUCCCUGUUACUCUAUCUAAGGCCGAAGGCUCCCGGAACCUACGGAUCUCCAGUUUCCCUCACAUUGCAGGAAUGAUGGUACUCUCAUCAUCCACGCUGAAUAUAAUCAGUACGAAUUCAGUCUUCUCGUCCGCUCUGUUCGGCCAAGAGAGACCUGAAGGCUUGCACGUCACUGAGUUGAUCCCUCAUUUUGACGACCUUCUACGCGUCUUGACCGAAGAAGACAAAGUCCCUCUCGUCGAUGGAAUUGUGAUUCCCGAGCAUAGCUUCCGGCGAGCAAGAGCUCUUUCCCUCCUUCGAGAAGGAAAAGCUAAUGCCGCGACGAUCUUUCUACAGCCAACUGGUGUUGCCGCUAGGCAUCGUGAUGGUUCCAUUAUGUCAGUGGACAUUCAGAUGCGUGUUGUUAAGAGUGAGACUGUCUUCCCUAGUAAACAAGAGAAGGGUGCGGAAGAAGAUAGCGACACAGAUGAUAGCAACAGUGAGCCAGUGGCUGUGACAGAAGUUGUGUACGCUUUGUGGAUCACCUACUCCCGACAGAUUCAUUCUGCCAGGACAGCAGGCGCUCUCUCUCCCAGCGCCUUAACGUCAGAGAGCAUGACACCCCCACCGCAACUGUCGCCGGGACGAUCGCCAGAAGCUCCUGUUCCGGCAUCUCCUGAAGUGAAAAUUGUUUCUGGGAACAACCAACAGCCUCUUUCACUUCUAAGCCAGCAGCUCAGUGAAGCCGCGUCUCAACCACUUACUGAUCAGCCCGGACAACCAGUUCCUGAGGCGACUUCGGCCUCGACAACAGAGAUGCCAGCCAAGAGGACGAUUGAUGACUACGUGAUCUUGGAAGAAAUGGGCCAAGGCGCUUACGGCCAGGUGAAGCUGGCACGUCUGAAGAAAAUCCCAAACAAGAGAGUUGUCCUGAAAUAUGUCACGAAAAAGAGGAUUCUUGUCGAUACAUGGACACGUGACCGGCGUUUAGGCACUGUGCCCUUAGAGAUCCACGUCCUUGAUUAUCUCCGUCGAGACGGUCUGAAACAUCCAAACAUCGUGGAGAUGGAAGGCUUCUUUGAGGACGAGAUCAACUACUACAUUGAGAUGAAACCACAUGGUCUCCCUGGAAUGGACCUGUUCGACUACAUUGAGCUGCGUGCCAAUAUGGACGAAGGAGAGUGCAGAAAUAUUUUCCGACAAGUUGUGGACGCGAUACACCACCUUCACACAAAAGCCCUAGUUGUGCACCGGGACAUCAAGGACGAAAACGUUGUCCUGGACGGUGAAGGUCGGAUUAAGCUCAUCGAUUUCGGAAGUGCAGCAUACAUCAAAAACGGCCCGUUUGACGUAUUUGUGGGGACAAUAGAUUAUGCUGCUCCCGAAGUUCUCCAAGGCAAGUCCUACCGGGGCAAGGAACAGGAUGUCUGGGCCCUCGGGAUUCUUCUCUACACCAUCGUCUACAAAGAGAAUCCCUUUUACAACAUCGACGAGAUCCUAGACCACCCUCUUCGAGUGCCUUUCGUCCCUUUUUCAGAGGACUGUAUCGACCUCAUCCGAAAGAUGCUAGACCGCGAUGUCGACAAUCGUCUCACCAUCUCGGAGGUGGUAGAACAUCCCUGGAUGAAGGAUAGCUGA